CUGCCUUCGCUUUUCAAAAAGCAGCGAAACAGAGGAAAGCAACAAAAGCCAAGCGAUUAAGCGAAGGAACCCACGUGCUUCGCCCUCUCCGACUCCAACGCGCCCGUAGGAUCGAGAGAAGCUCCUCUUCUGCCUCUGAGCUCAAAAAGGCGACGUCUUGGAUCGUCCAGCGGAGCUGCAUGUGUUAAGCAUGGCGGCAGUUCUUCUUCUUCUUCUUCUGUUCUUCCUUCCUUUCUCAGCUUGCUUCACUGCUCCUUACUUUGAGCGACAAUCUUCCUUAACAGGUGGAGGGUUUCAAAUACAGAGGAGGUCCGCCACCGAGGCGCCGGCGGCGACCAAUCUCACACUGGACAAUAACUCCUUCGUCUUGGCCGCUCAGAGAACGCAUAGGAAAGAUCCUUUGGAUGGGUUCAGCCGAUACCCUGGUGGUUGGAAUAUCAGCGAACUCCAUUACUGGGCUUCUGUCGGAUACACGGCCGCCCCACUGUUCUCGAUCGCUUUGGCGUGGUUCGUCGGCUUUGGGCUUGUCUUGCUUCUCAUCUGUUGCUGGUUCGUCUGUUGCCGUCGCCGGAGUUACUCCUAUUCUCGCACCGCGUACGCGCUGUCCCUUAUCCUGCUCGUGUUCUUCACCUGUGCUGCAAUAAUUGGAUGUGUAGUUCUGUACAAAGGACAGGGGAAGUUCCACAGCAGCACUUAUAGCACCAUGGACUAUGUAGUCGGUCAGGCGAACUUAACGGUAGAACACCUUCGUAACUUCUCCGAUAGCUUGUCAGAUGCGAAGAAGAUCACAGUGGCUCAGGUGCUCCUUCCCUCCAACGUCCGGGGAGACAUUGAUGCCAUUGAAGCAAGGGUUAACUCGUCUGCAACCCAACUUGCCAAUCGAACACUUGACAACUCAAGGAAGAUCCGGCGCGUGCUAGAUAGAGUGAGAUUGGAUUUGAUCAUAAUUGCUGCAGUGAUGCUUCUCUUGGCAUUUGUAGGAUUCAUGCUCUCUGUACUUGGAUUGCAGUACAUUGUCUCCAUUUUAGUGGUGGUUGGGUGGAUCCUAGUGACUGGCACAUUCAUUCUGUGUGGUGUCUUCCUUAUACUACACAAUGUGGUGGCUGAUACAUGUGUUGCGAUGAAUGAGUGGGUCGAGCAUCCGCAUGCUCAUACAGCUCUCGACGAUAUCCUUCCUUGUGUUGAUGUUGCCACUGCCAAUGAAUCCUUGUAUCGAAGCAGGGAAGUCACAUUCCAGCUAGUUGAUGUCGUCAAUCAGGUGAUUGCCAAUGUUUCUAAUAGGAACUUUCCUCCUCAAGCGACACCGCUAUACUAUAAUCAGUCCGGUCCAUUGAUGCCUCUUCUCUGCAACCCGAACAUGCCCGACUUAAGUGCCCGCUCAUGCUUUCCCGGAGAAGUGGACUUUAACAAUGCGACGCAGGUGUGGAAAGGCUACAUUUGCCAAACUACAAUUGUAUCUGGUUCCGAGGUUUGUACAUCGGUUGGCCGCAUCACUCCGAGCAUAUAUCGCCAAAUGGCUGCUGCCGUAAAUGUCAGUGGUGGGUUAUACUACAAUGUGCCGUUCCUCACCCAGCUAGAAGACUGCACUUUUGUGCGGGAAACCUUCACGGCGAUAAACCGAAACAAUUGCCCUGAUCUGGAGAGCAACAGCAAGCUGGUGUACAUAGGCCUGGUGAUGGUUUCGGGCGCGGUGAUGCUGUCCUUGAUUUUCUGGGUGAUCUACGCGAGGGAGAGGCGCCAUCGCAAGCACAACAAACAGUUAGCGGUGCGAUCAGGGCUGCCACAACCGCUAGAAAAGGGACCUUAAAGUUUCUUUGAAUUCUCUUCACAAUCAAUGUAAAGUUUGUUGGUGAUGAUCAAAAUAGCAAUGAGAUUUCAUGUAUGUUAGGGAAGUGUAAGAUCUACAGAUUGCCUCAGUUUUCAGAGUGCUGAUUUGUUGUUAAUACAUCGUAAUCCGUUAACACCGGGGACUUGGUACA